GCUCUAGCAAGUUCGUUACUUAAUAUUAUUUGACCUUUAGAAAUUGAUUUAAAAUGUUCUUUAUCAUAAAUCUGGAGAUAGAUGACGCAGCAUGCGCUGAAUCAUUGCUGUAAAAAUGCAAUGCCACCUUCCACAGAGUUUAAAAUAUCCACCCCAUCAAUGUCAGUGACGAAGAAGCAUAGAAGCAUAUGAAUAUAGCUCAUAUUUUUGGUCACUCACUCUUUAAAAACAAGAAAUUGAGCGUAUGACUCUCCUUUUGUUGUGGGGCAGGAAACAUUUAAAUCACCCAACCUGGUGUCGUCUUUGACUGAGCAUGUAGCAAAAUGCACAGUGAAUACAACGGUUGCAUAUUUUUCUAUGGAUAGCAAGUAUUAAAAUACCUGCUGGUAUUUUUAUAUUAUGUGCAUGUAAUGUAUGCGAGAAGAAUUUGGCAGCCGGCUGUGAGAUCGGUACUCAAUGAAUUUGCCUGGUCAACGUAAGGUGUGAAAUAGGAGGAGUAGGAAGAGGAGGAGGAGGCUGCUGCAUAAGUAAGUUAACAUUUGUUUGGUUCUGCUUAUCUGUGGACUGCAGCUCUGCAGCCAUUUCUGUUAAGCUAAAAGCUUCAUAGCAACACCAUCUGCAAGGAAAUUGAAAAUUGAUGUGAGAAUUGUUGUGGAUUGAAAAUGUAUGGGAGAGAUCAGUGGGGAGGGGCUUUUGAGAUCCAUGGGGACGCUGGUACAGAUGAUAAUCGGAGCAGAACAGAAGUGGACAGUGGGGCUCUAUCGAGACAGCUGGAUGAGACCCAGCAGAGCUGGUUGUUGGGUCCGGGAGAGCAGAAGAAGAAGAAAUAUGUGGAUUUUGGGUGUGUGGUGGUGAGCCACCAGGCCUUGAAAUGGAUCCUCUCCAUCUUUGCCUUCGCCGCCAUAGUUACUGCACUCGGUGUCAUCAUCGCCAAGACGCUGCCCAAGCACCACCACGCCCAGCCACCUCCUGACAAUUACACGGUUGCUCUUCACAAAGCACUUCUAUUCUUCAACGCACAAAAAUCGGGAGUUUUGCCCAAGACCAAUAAUGUUUCGUGGAGAGGAAAUUCCGGCCUUCAAGACGGGAUUUCGGAUCCUUCCGUCAGUGCGAGCCUGCCUCAGAAGGAUCUGGUGGGCGGGUACUAUGAUGCAGGCGACAAUAUCAAGUUUGGUUUCCCUGGAGCAUUUACCAUUACCAUGCUGAGCUGGAGUGUGAUUGAGUACCGACAGAAAUAUGAAGAUAUUGGAGAGCUCCACCACAUCAGAGAAUUGAUCAAGUGGGGAUCAGACUACAUGCUCAAGACUUUCAAUGCUUCUGCUGCCAAAAAUAUAGAUGUCAUUUAUUCACAGGUGGGGCAUGCAGUCAAUGGAUCAAAAACUCCAGAUGAUCAUUAUUGUUGGAUGAGGCCUGAAGAUAUGGACUACUCUCGUCCUGUGAUUCGAACCAACGCUGGCCCCGACUUGGCUGCUGAGAUGGCUGCUGCACUGGCUGCAGCAUCUAUUGUAUUCAAUGAUGAUAGGGCCUACUCAAAGAAGCUGGUGAGAGGUGCAGAGCUUCUGUACAAUUUCGCGAGGGAUGGUGGCAAGAGGAGCAGAUAUAGCUCUGGGAACCCUGAAAUUGCACAAUUUUACAAUUCAUCUGGGUACUAUGAUGAGUAUAUCUGGGGUGCUGCAUGGAUGUAUUUUGCCUCAGGGAAUUCCUCUUACCUUAGCUUGGCUACUCUUCCGGCAAUGGCCACAAAUGCAGGUGCAUUUAGAGGUGGACCAUCUUAUGGCGUGUUCAGUUGGGAUAACAAGCUACCAGGUGCCCAGGUUUUGCUGACGAGGUUGAGGGUUUUCCUAAAUCCCGGCUACCCAUACGAGGACAUGUUGGCAACCUUUCAAAACCAGACAAACAUUGUAAUGUGCUCUUACUUGCCCGUGUUCAAAUCGUUCAAUAGAACAAAUGGUGGUUUGAUUCAAUUAAACCAUGGAGACCCCCAACCCCUUCAGUAUGUUGUGAAUGCUGCUUUUCUAGCAUCCGUAUACAGUGAUUAUCUUAAUACUGCAGAUAUCCCUGGGUUUUAUUGUGGUCCAAACUAUUUUUCAAGGAAAGUCCUCCGCGACUUUGCAAGAUUUCAGAUGGACUACAUUCUAGGUAAAAAUCCUCAAAAAAUGAGUUAUGUUGUGGGGUAUGGGAACCAUUACCCAAGGCAUGUCCAUCACCGUGCAGCAUCUAUUCCUUCAAAUAAAGUGAAGUACUCCUGCACAGGAGGAUACCAAUGGCGAGACAACUCAAACCCUAAUCCACAUGUGAUCACAGGAGCUAUGGUUGGAGGGCCUGAUAAGAAUGAUGGCUUCCGUGACGUUCGUGUUAACUACAACCAGACUGAACCCACAAUUGCAGGCAAUGCUGGCUUGGUUGCAGCCCUUGUUGCUUUAUCAGGAGGUGACAACUCCAAAAUUGAUAAAAAUACAAUCUAUUCUGCAGUCCCACCCUUGUUUCCUUCGGCUCCGCCGCCGCCUCCACCAUGGAGGCCUUAGAUAAACUGGGGGAAUUGUCUGCUUCCUUGGUGUUAAAUUUUUUUCGAGAUGGAUUAGUUAUUUGAAAGUGUGUGCCACGGAUAAGGAUGAUGGUUCAUGAAAUUGAUAUUCCAUGUCUAAACCUAGAAUUUUGCUUGAUAGGCAAGGGAUCACAGAUGAUCCUCUGUACACAUUAAAAAUGACUAAUAUUCCGGUAACUACUCCUUUCUAUCAUUCUUUUAGAAGUGGCCGUGUAAUGUAUCAAUGGUUCAGUAUUAUGAUGUAUUAUUAAGUAUUGAUAAAUAAAGAUUGGAUGUAUCAUUUUCCAUCAUUUAUACACAUUCUUCAGAACAUAUCCUUAACAGUCCUAUCGAAAUAUUUAGGUAUAAUUACCUCAAGAGGAAAAAGCAAAACAAAAUAGACAAG